AUAGAAAAAGGAUGUAGUGUAUGAGCAGUUUUUUAUCUCCCUUCUUCACCCAGUGCUAUUCCAUUCGCAUUAAAAGCAAAAACUUUAAGCGCCAGCUCAGUCCGUUUCGGUUACGCUUUUGAACUGAUGUCUGUACUUCUGGCGCGAUUUUUUCUUGCACGCUGCAUAGCUUUAAAAAUAUUACACUGUGAUUUUUACGUUACUCGUGAAUGAAAUUGUUGUUAAUUUGAUUGUUUUUAUGGAGUUUUAGUGAAUUUUUGUGAUAAAAAAUAGUCGAACCCGUGGUUUAUUUUUAGUGUAUAGGGCAAGCACAAGAGUUGUAAACAAACCUACCUACAACAAAAACAAGAAAAAUUGGAUAAAAGGUGUAACCGAUCGAUAAACAUAUUACAAAAGCAAGGCAAAGGCAGACAUAAAAAAAGUACAACAUACACAAGCCUUUUCUGGAAUGGCUUCUGCAAGGACAAGUUCUAACCAAAAAUGGACAGAUUUCAUAACAUGUCGGAAAGUCCUCAACAUAAUGGUAAUCCUGGGCUUCAUGUUCAACUACAUGUUACGCGUAAAUUUAACCAUAGCAAUCGUCGACAUGAUAAACCCGAACUUUACGGCAUCACAGGCAAACUCAACCAACCAAAACGUCACGCACUCGAACACGACGACGACGAAGUCAGUUUUACUUGAGGAAACUCGAUUUGACUGGACCGCCGACCAAAAGAACGCCAUUUUGGGGAGCUUCUUUUGGGGUUACGUGCUGACAGAGCUACCUGGCGGUAGAAUGGCGGAAAUAGUCGGCGCCAAGAAGAUCUUCGGGUGGGGGAUGCUAAUGGCGAGCGUGUUGACGAUCCUGACGCCUGCUUUCUGCUACAUGAACUACUACGUGAUCCUGAUAUCCAGGGCUGUGGUGGGCUUCUUCUUGGGCGCCACGUGGCCGGCUAUCCCCCCAAUGGCGGCCAAGUGGAUACCUCCGAUGGAACGGUCGAACUUCAUAGCCAACAUGAUGGCGUCUUCUCUGGGAGCAGCCCUUACUCUACCAGCAUGUGGGUUUUUGAUCUCCACAGUAGGCUGGGCUAGCGUGUUCUACGUCACUGGCACCAUAGGUUUGGUGUGGUCCAUUCUGUGGUUCUUCUUGGUCUACGACUCCCCCGCUGAGCACCCCAGGAUUACAGCUGAAGAAAGGGAAGCCAUCGAAAGUAAAAUCGCGGAAGGGGAGUCCAAGAAACAAGUUAAGCCGACCAAAGUACCAUGGGGUCAGAUUUUCACGUCGAUGCCCGUCUGGGCUAUUAUUAUUACACAUGGGUGUUCGGUUUUUGGGUAUUUUACCGUGGUCAAUCAGCUGCCCAGUUACAUGAAGGAUGUGCUCCAUUUUAAUAUCAAAAGUAAUGGUUUGCUGUCCAGUUUACCUUAUUUGGGAAAAUACAUAAUGGCGGUCAUAGCCAGCUACGUAGCUGACAAGCUUCGCCAGUCGAAGAAACUGUCCACCACAGCCACCCGAAAACUGUUCACAUCAUUCGCGUGCUUCAUCCCCGGAAUUCUCAUGGUUGUGCAAGCUAUAUGGGGGGUAAACCCGGCACUUUCCGUGACAGUCUUCACCGCGUCCUUGUUUUUCAACGGAGCUGUGACAGCCGGGUACCUGUCGAACGGUCUGGACAUAGCCCCGAAUUUCUCCGGCACGAUAUUCGGCCUCGCCAACACUUUAUCCUCCUUCGGGGGCUGGCUAUCCACGAAGAUAGUGUCGGUUUUGACGGAAAAAGAGAGCAGCUUCAACACGUGGAAAGGGGUGUUCUGGAUUUUAUUUGCUACGUACCUAAGCGGGGGUAUUUUCUAUCUUAUUUUCGGUACAGGGAAAACGAUGAAGUGGAACACGGUGGACUGCGAUGAGGGAAAUUCCAAGGAAAUGCAACCGCUGAAAAGCAAUGGGGAGAAGGAGAAAGAAAGGGAAAUAACAGCGUAACUAGUAUUUUAUUUUUAAAAGUAUUUUACAACUCUAAUACAAUCAUUUACAUUAAAUGAUACCCAAUUUUAUUAUGUAAGUAUUUUUUUAAUAAAAUUUUAAAUAA